AUGACCACAACAAAAUCAUCAAAUAAUGAUCUACCGAAAUCUAGAUUAGGUAUAAAAGUAGUUCAUGUAAAAUCAGUAACUGGUACAAUUAUUAUGUUAGAUGAUCCAAAUGAUGAAAAUGAUUUAAAUUCAAUGAAAAAAUCAAGAACUGGUAUAAUAUUAAAUCCUCAACCUCAAGAUUCUCCAAAUGAUCCUUUAAAUUGGUCUGUUUGGAGAAGAGAUAUUUGUUUAAUUAUUAUUGGUUUAGCUAGUUUUUUAGGUGGUGGACAAUCUCCUUUAUUAGCUGCUGGUAUGUCUACUUUAGUUGUGGAAUUUGAAAGACCUUUAACUACUAUUUCAUAUUUAGUUGGUGGAUUUAUGUUAUCAUUAGGUUGUGGAUCAGUUAUUGCAAGUCCAACUGCUGUAUUAUAUGGAAAAAGAUUUGUUUAUAUAUUAGGAACUUUUAUAUUUAUGAUGGGAGCAAUAUGGGGAGGUAUUGCACAAAAUUUUGGUAAUUUAAUGGGUGCAAGAGUUUUAACUGGUAUUGGUGCAUCACCAACUGAAUGUUUACCGAGUUCAACUAUUGCAGAAAUUUAUUUUGCUCAUGAAAGAGCUUAUAGAAUUGGUUUAUAUACUAUGUUAAUGUUAGGAGGUAAAAAUAUUAUACCAUUAUUAUCAGGUUUAAUAUUUCAAUAUUUAGAUAGACAUUGGUUAUUUUGGAUUUUAGCAAUGUUUUUAGGUUUUACUUUAAUUAUGAUUAUUCUAUUUGUACCUGAUACAUUUUGGGAUAGAUCACCAAAACCUUCAAAAAGAUCAAUUGAAGAAACUCAAUUAGCAAGAUCUGUUGCUUCAUAUCAUCCACCAUCUCAAAGACCAAAUGCAUUUGCUUUAAGAACACAAUCAAGAAAUAGUACAAUUUCAUCGAUAGCAUCAAAUGCAGAAGAUCAAGAAGAAGGUGAAAAACCCAUAGGUUUAACUGAAGUUACAACAAUUGAAAAAAAGCAUAGUUAUUUACAUAGUAUUAGAAUUUAUCAAGGUAGAUUUACAAAGGAUAGUUGGUGGAUGGUUGCAUUAAGACCAUUUGUUUUAUAUACUUAUCCCCAUGUUUUAUUUGGUUCUUUUACUUAUGCAUUAGCUGUUGUUUGGUUAAUUGUUAUAUCAGAAACUAUUGCAGAAAUAUUUAGACAUCCACCAUAUAAUUAUGAUCAACAAACUGUUGGAUUAUUUUAUAUAUCACCAUUUGUUGGUGGUAUAUUAGGUUCAUUAUCUUGUGGUUUAAUAUCUGAUAGAUUAAGUAGAUUUAUGGUUUCAAAAAAUAAAGGAGUUUAUGAACCAGAAUUUAGAUUAGUUAUGAUUAUUCCUUCAACUUUUUGUAUUGCAUUUGGAUUAAUGGGUUAUGGUUGGUCUUCAACUGCACAAAAUCCAUGGAUAGCUCCUGUAUUAUUUUUUGGUGUUAUGUCAUUUGGUUCAUCAAUGGCUUCAACUACUGCAAUUACAUUUGCCGUUGAUUCUUACAAGAUGUUUGCUGCAGAAACUUUGGUUUCUUUUAAUUUCCUCAAGAAUUUUUUAGGUUUUUGUUUUUCAUUAUUUAAUAAUAAAUAUGCUGAUGAACAAGGUUAUAAAAAUGCUUAUGUUACUUAUGGUGGAAUUCAAUUAUUUGUGAGUUUAUUUGCUAUACCACUUUAUAUUUAUGGUAAAAAAUUAAGAAGAUGGACAGAUGAAAAAGAAUUAAUGAGAAGUUUAUAUCAUGAAGAUAAUGUUCCACCAAGUAUGACUUCAAAAUUUGAUGAAGAUGAUUCUAUUGAUUAG